AUGAAGACAAAGCUACGUGAUCUUCUUUCUAACAUAAAAUACUGCGCCAUCACAACGGAUGGCUGGACGAGUCGGGCAAAUGACCAUUAUUUGUCGGUGACAUGCCACUUUGUGACCGACAAUUUUAAGCUAAAAAGUGCGGUAUUAUCAACAAAUAAGCUAGUGUGCGACACCAACCAAAACAGCGAGAAUAUUGCCGAUACAUUGCGAAUCGUGCAAGCUGAUUGGGAAAUAAUGCACAAAGUGACAGCGAUAGUCUCAGACAAUGCCUCGUCGAUGAUCAAAGCGUGCAAACUUUUGGAGAAAUGGCACAUGCCCUGUUUUGCGCACACCUUGAACCUCGUGGUUCAAGAUGCAUUGAUCAUCGGCAAUGUUAAGGAAGUAAUCACCAAAUGCAAAAGAAUUGUUUCGUUCUUCAAGUCAAGUUCCAUUGCAUAUGCGAAACUUAAAUUGGCGCAGGGUCACGAUACCACUUAUGGACUCAUCCAAGAGGUAUCAACCAGAUGGAAUAGCUGUUAUAAAAUGAUUAUUCGGCUUUUGAAAUUGAGAGAGGCCGUUUCACGGGUACUACUUGACACAAAGAAGGCACCUCCACCGUUAACGGCAGAUGAAAUCUCUAUUUUAGAAGAUCUGGAGCGUAUUCUGGAACCGUUUGAUGGAGCAACCAACCGCGUGUCUGGUAGUACCUAUGAAACUGUUUCUCUCAUUAUUCCGGUGUCGGCUGAUAUCCAUCACCGCCUAACUUCGAUGAAUGAAGGUAUUGAAGUUCGAAUUGCGCUCUUAGAAGGGGUCAACCAACGAUUGUUCAACUCUACUCCUUACCCCAGCACCGACACUCCAGUCUAUAAUCUCAAUGUCGCCAAUCACUACCAACGACAUUUCGUCGUGCGUUUGAGCGGACUAAAUCACGUCGCGGGAUGCCCUUGCCAGACAAUAUUGACUAUAGUCACUCCUCUGGAUAAUUCAAAUGACAGGAUUCUAUCUGUUACCAUGCUGAAUAACCAGCGGGUUACAAGGAACGGCAGUUACGAAGAAUGGAACCAGCUACAGUGGCUCACAGCUUAUUUCAACCAGACCCAAUGA